GUACAGUACUCCGGGACGCCGAUGGCCAGUGUGGAGGUGGCAGUGUGCCGCGCGUCAAGCCGACAUAAGCAUCUGGACGAGACACACGGGCCACAUCGGUGCACGGCGACUUGCUGCCUCCGUGCGCUCCUCCACCUCCCGACAUCUUGAGCAUGGUGAACCGCCACUCCCGUCGAGUCCUUCGAUUCCGACAAUGCCGGGCAGCAGUCUCUGAUUUGCCGUGCGCGGCCGGGCACCAGUCGUACACACCACAGCAUCACCGUUGGGCUUCCGGCUCCGUCAACUUUGAUCCGUCUUCUUGAGGUCAAGCCGCCCCUCUGAUCUUCCAGCAGCAACACCAAGAUCUUGCUGUCAACCACACAUCGCGCAGCUCUCACAAACUUGACAAUGGCCCCCUUAACACCUGUCUACUUCUUCUCCCAUGGCUCGACCAUGAUGCUGGGCGAGGAGUCCGAGGCGGCCGACUACUGGAAGAAGGCCGGCGACGCCGCCCUCGCCAACAACAUCAAGGGCGUCGUCAUGAUGGGCGCCCACUGGGACGCGCUGGGCGAGGGCGUCGAGGUCGCCACCACCGUCAACCCGGGCAAGUCGCCCGUCGCCUACGUCCACCCCUCCAAGUACCAGGACUACAAGCUCAACCCCGACAUCCCCGUCGCCCACCGCUGUAUCCAGCUGCUGCGCGACGCCGGCAUCGAGGCUAACGAAAAUAGCAACUUUGAGUGGAUCCACGACACCUACCUCGUCCUCAUCCGCAUGUUCCCCAACGGCUGCCCCCCGACCGUCCUCAUUUCGAUGAACUUCCGCUUCGACCCCCACCUGCACAUGCGCGUCGGCGAUGCCCUGCGCUCUCUCCGCAAGGAAGGCUACCUUAUCAUCGGCUCCGGAGGCGCCGUCCACAACCUCUAUCGCAACCGCUGGGGGCAGAUGCUCCGCUACUCGGAAAACUUUGCCCAGGAGACUCCCCCGGAGCCCUGGGCCCUCGAGUUCCGCCAGUCAGUCGAGGAUGUCAUGGCCAACAACUCGGGGCCCCAGCUCCGAAGAGCCAUGACGCGGCUGAUGAAGCACCCGCAGUACCGCGAUGCUCAUGGCACCGACGACCACUUCAUGGCGGCCCUGUUCGUGGCCGGUGCAGCUGGUGACGAGGAGGACACGGGCACAUAUGGCGAGCUCAAGGCCGAGACGUGGGAGUUGGUCAACAUGUGCAACAGCCAGUUCAUUAUUGGCUCCUGGCCAAAGACGUUGGCCGCGACGGCCUAGUGGUUUCGUUGUACCAUUAAAUGAAUUCGUGCGUUGUUUUGAUAGCAAAUCUACCAGUAUCUUGCUGUUCUGAAUCUUUCACGAGUCCAGUCAAUAAUCCACUUACAAAAGAGAAUAAAUUGUUACAGAAAAGGGCGCAAAAAGACGUAAUGACCCCAUUUCCAUGACAUUAAGCAUAUACAAGUAUUGGGUCUAUCUUUAAGGCUUGCAAGUACAUAUCGCGUGGAACUAGUGCGUGGUUGUACUCAACGGUGAUCAAGGAGAAAACAUCAAAAUCAAAUAAACAGAACGAGGUAUCGACGUUCAAA